AUGGACGAUAUAGAAGAAGAGGUAGUAGAUUGUUAUCAAGUACUUGGGAUAGAGAAAACGGCAACGGACACCGAUAUUAAAAAAGCUUUUUAUCGGAUGUCAUUAAAAUAUCAUCCCGACAAACACCCGGAUGACGCUGAAGCCCUUCAACAUUUCCAUGAAGUCCAAAUAGCAUACAAAACCCUUAAAGACCCGUCUAAAAAGUAUAUUUAUGACACUUUUGGUACAAAAUCAAAGAAAGAGAUUACUGGGGAGUGUGAAGAAGUCGAUGAGACUGGUGAUAUCACAGUUGAUCAAAUCAUGAGUUAUAUGAAAGCGAUGGGGAUGAGUGGGGAUAUCAAAGAAGCCGAAGAGAUGCUUGCCAACCAAAAUUUCAAAAUGGAUGAGAAGAGUGUGAGAAAGGGGGGCUUGAGUAAAGAACUGGAACGAGCGGAAAAGAGUGGAGUAACGCGGAUUGAUUGUUCGAAAUUGGUGAUUCGAGUGGUGAAGAGGGAAUGCCUCCAAUUUAUGAAUAACUUCAUUUCAAUCGACUUUUCUACUAAUUCUAUUCGAAAUAUACCAGACGGAUUCGGACUGCUUCAAAAUCUCAAAAUACUCAUUUUAAAUGACAACAAAUUUGAGACAAUCCCAGACGAAAUCUUCUCACUCAACAAUCUCGAGAUCUUCGAAAUGGAACGAAACCAAAUAUCAGAGAUCCCGGACACAAUCUUUAGACUUGAAAAGUUGAAAAAACUCAACUUCUUCUCAAAUAAAAUAAAGACAGUCCCAAUCAGACUUUGUUUUGAUCUUAAGUGUAUUCAACGGAUCGAUUUGUCGUGUAAUUUCAUUAAUGAAUACCCAACGAGUAAAGAAGGUGUUGAUUUGUUGUUGGAUAAAGAUAUGAAAGGGGCAGUUAGUUCCGGUUCGCUCGUUGCGAAGUACUUUGCAUCAGUGGACAAAAAGCCAAGAAAGAAGUCGAACAAGUGA